AUGUCCGACUCAGAGAGCCUCGACUAUCUCCAGCCGGGCUUCGAUGCGAAGACCCUUACGGUCCCCCGGCUACGAUCGAUUUUAGUUGCCCACAAUGUUUCAUAUACAUCGAGCGCAAAAAAGGCACAAUUGAUCGAAAUUUUUAAUGAUCAGAUCGUACCCCAGUCAAAGAAAAUUCUAGCUGCACGUGCACGAGCAAAGCGCUCAAGCAAAGGCAUUGUCGAUGCAGAAUCACAAAGCAGCAGCAAUCCCUUUGAAGAGCAGGAAGAACUUGCACCACCUCCACGUACUACUCGUCGAUCAAGGUCGCCUAGGAAAGCACCUACUAGAAUCAAGACAGAAGAACCGGAAGAUCAACCAAUGCCGCCGCCAACCCCAAGUCCUACUAAACGAAAGCCCCGGGCUACAAGCCGCCCGGUUCAGGCUUCGGAUACGGAUACCGGUCCGGAGCAUGACAAUGGCAGAACGCUCAGUAGAGUCGGACGGCCCGUUCUUGCGCCUCGAAUUAAGACUGAGGAAUCUAAUGAAGGCUUUUUCCGACGUACUUCGGAUGUUUUCACCAAUGACAACCCGUUCCAAAGUGGUAGUUCCCCACCAGCUGUGGAUAACACCCCGAGCGUACGUCGAAGAACAGCCGGGCCUGAUAAACCGCGAAGCCUUAGUAGGGGCGCGCGAAGGCGAACAGAUGGCCACACUGUUCCUAAAGAAGAGUCACCUGGCUUGCCUAUGAGUUUCAAUCCUCCAUUACCUCAGCAGAAAACAUAUCUAAAGGCCCCGGAGACGCCUGUUGUCGAGGCCGGGGAAGAGUUUACCCCAGAAGAGCAACUCGAUCUUAUCUCAGACGAAGCCGUAAAUGGGCGCGACGCUGUUGUUACUCGGCAAUCCCGACGCCGACCAAAUAAGACUGGAGGUGGUACAAUCUUUUCUAUAUUCUUUGUGACACUCUUAAGUGUCUACGCUGGGUGGUAUCGACAGGAAAAGAUUGCAGUCGGUUACUGCGGCGUUGGUCAAGUUGGAAGCUCGAUUCCUAAUGAGAUCGAAACACCUGAAUGGGCGCAGUCGGUACUACCACCUCAAAUUACGGUCCCGCAGUCUGUCAUAGACACCCUAGAGCCCGAGUGUGAACCAUGUCCCUCUCAUGCUUAUUGCUAUGCCGACUUUUCUGUACGGUGUGAACAGGAUUACCUCCUCAAGCCUCACCCUCUAUCACUAGGCGGUGUGGUCCCUCUUCCUCCAACCUGUGAGCCUGACGGUGUCAAGGUCCGACGGGUACAGGCGGUGGCAGAUAAGGCGAUCGAAGAGCUUCGCGAACGAACUGCUAAGUACGAAUGCGGUGAACCCGUCGAUGAAGAAGGUACAAGGCUCGAGACACCGGCGAUUGAGGAGCAGGAGCUAAAGGAGAUUAUCAAUAGCAAGAGAAGCAAGAAGAUGAACAAUCAAGAAUUUGAGGAUCUCUGGGGAUCUGCGCUUGGCGAGAUUAAAGCUAGAGAAGAAGUAGAGAUUGAAGUCAAGGAUCCCUCCGGCCACCUUAGAAUAUCCGAUUCCGGAAGCGUUCCAAACACCUACUACACGUCCACCUCUCUCGCUCGAAUUUCAAUCACCUGCGCCGUCCGCAGAUCAAUCCGACUCGGGUUGGCAAGAUAUCGAUUCCAUAUUAGCGUCGUGAUUGCUCUGAUCGUGACAGCGAUUUAUGCACAGUCUCGAUACAAGGCUAACCGUGCGGCGGCUGCUCAGGUGCCGGCCCUGGUUGACCUAGUGCUUGAGAGGUUAGCGAACCAGAAGCAGCUAGGGGAUGAGGAUAUCGAUGAUCCGUGGCUCUUCCUUCCGAACCUCCGUGACGACGUCCUGAGAUCGGUCCAUUCGCUCUCACGACGCGAGAAGAUCUGGCGGAGAGUUAAGGCAGUUGUCGAGCAGAACAGCAAUGUUCGGACUAGCCAGCGGGAAGGACGCAGCGGCGAGGUCGGCAGGGCAUGGGAGUGGAUUGGCCCGAUGGCUGGAGACCAUAGCGCUAGGCGACGGAAGAGCGGACGUACAUCAUUCGGACCGGAUGCGGGUGUGGAUUCACCGAGUAACGGAGCAGGGGAUAAUGCGACCCACGCACGACACCAGAAGUGGGAGGAACCAAGACCAAUCUAUUAA